AUGGGCGGGCUCGGGAACCACGGGCCAUGGCAAGCCAUCAUUGGCGGUCUCGGGAACCACGGGCCACGGCAAGCCAUCAUGGGCGGUCUCGGGAACCACGGGCCAUGGCAAGCCAUCAUGGGCGGUCUCGGGAACCACGGGCCAUGGCAAGCCAUCAUGGGCGGUCUCGGGAACCACGGGCCACGGCAAGCCAUCAUGGGCGGUCUCGGGAACCACGGGCCAUGGCAAGCCAUCAUGGGCGGUCUCGGGAACCACGGGCCAUGGCAAGCCAUCAUGGGCGGUCUCGGGAACCACGGGCCAUGGCAAGCCAUCAUGGGCUGGCCCGGGAACCACGGGCCAUGGCAAGCCAUCAUGGGCGGUCUCGGGAACCACGGGCCAUGGCAAGCCAUCAUGGGCGGUCUCGGGAACCACGGGCCAUGGCAAGCCAUCAUGGGCGGUUUCGGGAACCACGGGCCAUGGCAAGCCAUCAUGGGCGGUCUCGGGAACCACGGGCCAUGGCAAGCCAUCAUGGGCGGGCUCGGGAACCACGGGCCAUGGCAAGCCAUCAUGGGCGGUCUCGGGAACCACGGGCCAUGGCAAGCCAUCAUGGGCGGGCUCGGGAACCACGGGCCAUGGCAAGCCAUCAUGGGCGGUCUCGGGAACCACGGGCCAUGGCAAGCCAUCAUGGGCGGUUUCGGGAACCACGGGCCAUGGCAAGCCAUCAUGGGCGGUCUCGGGAACCACGGGCCCUGGCAAGCCAUCAUGGGCGGGCUCGGGAACCACGGGCCAUGGCAAGCCAUCAUGGGCGGUCUCGGGAACCACGGGCCCUGGCAAGCCAUCAUGGGCGGGCUCGGGAACCACGGGCCAUGGCAAGCCAUCAUGGGCGGUCUCGGGAACCACGGGCCAUGGCAAGCCAUCAUGGGCGGUCUCGGGAACCACGGGCCACGGCAAGCCAUCAUGGGCGGUCUCGGGAACCACGGGCCAUGGCAAGCCAUCAUGGGCGGUCUCGGGAACCACGGGCCAUGGCAAGCCAUCAUGGGCGGUCUCGGGAACCACGGGCCAUGGCAAGCCAUCAUGGGCGGUCUCGGGAACGACAUGCAUUAUCAACGUAGAGGCAAACACUGA